UUAAAGGAAGUGCAUGUGUCUACUCGGACCUGCCGCACAGUCAAGACAAGAUGGAGAAACUCUUGGUUGUCAUGGUGAUGCUUGCAUCAUGUUGCGCAGAAACCAGAGAUCUUUCUGGCAAAGUCUUAGUCUUCCCAAGGGAGACUUCCAAAGAUCACGUGAAACUGAUGACCCCCAAAACAUCAUUCAGUGCAGUGACAGUCUGUCUCAGAUUCCUCACAGAUCUCACCAGGAACUACGGCCUCUUCUCUCUGGCCACGCCAGCCAUCAGCAAUGACCUGGUUCUCUUCAAGAUAAACACUGACAACGUCAUGAGAUUUAUUGCUCGGGACAGCAGCGCAGACUUCCUGUCUCUGUCUUUUCCUCCCAACUCCUGGCACACCAUGUGCUCUACCUGGAACUCUGAGAAUGGUGUCGCCCAACUGUGGGUAGAUGGCAAACCCACCGUCAAGAGAUUUGUCCACUCGGGGCAGCCCAUCAGUGGCAAACCCAUCACCAUCCUGGGCCAAGAGCAGGACACCUACGGGGGAGGCUUUGAUGCCACUCAGUCCUUCAUCGGCAUGAUCUCUCGACUUCACAUGUGGGACUACGUCAUUUCGCCGAACGAGAUACAACGUUAUGAGGAGGACUCAAACUUCACCCCUGGAAACGUGUUCAACUGGAGAGCCCUCGACUUUGAAAUCACUGGCAACAUUUUGGUGGAAGAUGAAGUCAUGUAGAA